AAAAAGAGUAACUUUCUGGGGGAGUUAAAACUGCUCAACACGAAAAAUCAGUGAGCUUUUGCGUUUCAGCCUUCUCAAAUCCCACCAAAAGGGAAAAGAAGAUACCAAAUCUAAGCAAUGGAGAGUAGCAGUGGUUGCGGCGUGGGAGAGAGUCGUAGGGAGUUGCUGGGGGCGGAGGAGAUCGACGGCGGACAGUCCUCGUGGAGGCUCAACAUUAAUGAGUUCCGGUUGCCGGAGCGUCGCACCGAUCAUCGUCACCAAACUUUCAGUCUCGAACGCCUCCUUCUGAAUAAGAGAAAACAACGAAAAGUUGCUGAAUAUUACAAACAGCAAGAGAGACUCCUGGAAGGCUUCAAUGAGAUGGAGACUAUUCAUGAGUCUGGUUGUUUACCAGAUGCUCUUACAGAGGAUCAAAUGAAACAGCUUGCCCGGAGCGAAAGAAUGGCUGUUCAUGUGUCAAAUAUAGCUAAUCUGUUCCUUUUCAUUGCAAAAGUCUAUGCUUCAGUUGAAAGCAGAUCUUUGGCUGUCAUUGCAUCAACAAUGGAUUCUUUCCUAGACCUCUUAUCUGGGCUGAUCCUGUGGUUUACUUCCCAUGCCAUGAAAACUCCAAACCAGUAUCACUACCCAAUUGGAAAGAAGCGGAUGCAACCAGUGGGAAUUAUUGUUUUUGCAUCUGUAAUGGCAACACUGGGGUUGCAAAUAAUACUGGAGUCUGUCAGGCAACUAAUUGCAAAGACUGGCCCUGAUAUGGACCAUGAGAAGGAGAAAUGGAUGAUAGGGAUUAUGGUGUCUGUAACUUUCGUCAAGUUUGCUCUUAUGCUUUAUUGCCGCAGAUUUAAGAAUGAAAUUGUCAGAGCCUAUGCCCAAGAUCAUUUUUUUGAUGUCAUCACCAACUCAAUUGGAUUGGCCACGGCUGUUUUAGCUGUUCGAUUCUACUGGUGGAUUGAUCCGACUGGUGCCAUAAUUAUAGCAUUAUACACAAUCAAUACAUGGGCAAAGACAGUUGUUGAAAAUGUAUGGUCGCUAAUUGGAAGAACAGCUCCACCUGAUUUCCUUACAAAAUUAACGUAUCUCAUAUGGAAUCAUCAUAAAGAGAUCAAGCAUAUUGACACGGUCAGAGCAUACACCUUUGGUUCUCACUACUUUGUGGAGGUUGACAUUGUGUUGCCAGAAGAUAUGCUCUUGAGCCAAGCCCAUAAUAUUGGUGAAACAUUACAAGAGAAGCUCGAGCAACUUCCUGAGGUCGAGAGAGCUUUUGUUCAUAUAGACUUUGAGUUUACUCAUAGACCAGAACACAAGAGCCAAGUAUGAUCUUGCCAUGAAAAAUGGGGCACUACUUCACUAGCAUCACGAGGAUUUCAUCACCAAAACAUAGAAGACCCCUUCAUAUCCAGGGUGUUCCUGUUAACUAGCAAGCCCCUACUUCCUUCUCUGCCUGGAGAUACUGGGACAGACCUACAUUUUACUUAUUUGGUAGAAACUCUGGCUGACGGUGUUUUAUUUUGUUCUCUUUCUUCCUGUUAAGCUUUGAUCUAUUGAUGGAGCAAACUCCUGACACUGAACUACUGAAUCCCAUUUUCAGUACAUCUUUUGCAUUAGGGGAUAAGACUAUCGAGUAAAUGCAUUAUGCAAUA